CGCGACUGCCUUCGUGCCUGCACUGGAAUUCGCAUCGGGGAGCUUUCACUCGGUGACGAUUUCGAACAGCUAUUUGAAGCUUCUGCCGCCCGCCUCUGCUGCCACUAAUUCUCUCCAACAGACAUCCUGAUCGACCGGAUCAAGCGUUCUUUCUGUGCGACACCAGAAACCGUCUUUUACAACCAUCCACGCAAAAAAACACCACAGACACAUAGCUCGACCGACGACACACCGACACAAUGUCCGGCCUCUUUGGCGCCGCAUCAGCGGCUUCGUCGAGUAACACGGUCGGCGAUCUCAAGCAGGACGUCGCUCUCAACAACCGGCCCGAAGACAGCAUCUCCGAUCUCGCCUUCUCUCCAGCUCAGAAUCAGGCCAGCGACUUCCUGGCAGUCUCCAGUUGGGACAAGAAGGUCAGGAUAUACGAGAUUGCACCCAAUGGGCAGAGCGAGGGACGGCACGCCUACGAACACGAUGGUCCCGUCUUCAACGUCGAUUGGUCCAAGGACGGCACAAAGGUUCUCUCUGGCGGCGCCGACAAGGCUGUCAAGCUCUGCGACUUGGGCUCCCAGCAGACGAUCAAGAUUGGCGAGCACGACCAGCCCGUCAAGUGCGUCCGCUUCUUCGAGUCGUCCGGCACCCCGAUGGCCGUGUCGGGCUCCUGGGACAAGACGGUCAAGUACUGGGACAUGCGCUCGCCGACACCCGCGGCGUCGCUGGCUUGCCAGGAACGUGUAUACACGAUCGACGUGCGAAACGAUCUUCUCGUCAUAGGAACCGCCGACCGGUAUAUCAACGUGGUGGACCUCAAGAACCCGACAAAGUUCUACAAGACCCUGCAGAGCCCCCUCAAGUGGCAGACGAGGGUCGUCAGCUGCUUCGCCGACGCCGCCGGUUUCGCUAUUGGUAGUAUCGAGGGACGCUGCGCGAUCCAGUAUGUCGAAGACAAGGAUGCUUCCUCCAACUUCUCAUUCAAGUGUCACCGAGACCCUCCUGCUAACAACAUCACCAACGUGUACGCUGUGAAUGACAUCUCUUUCCACCCCGUUCACGGCACCUUCAGCACGGCCGGCUCUGACGGAACCUUCCACUUCUGGGACAAGGAUGCCAAGCACCGUCUCAAGGGUUACCCCCAGGUCGGCGGCAGCAUCACGGCCACUACAUUCAACAAGACUGGAUCCAUCUUCGCAUACGGUAUCAGUUAUGACUGGGCCAAGGGCUUCCAGCACAACACGCAGGCGUACCCCAUCAAGGUCAUGCUGCAUCCAGUUCAAGCGGAUGAGUGCAAGCCUCGCCCGACCAUGAAGAAGCGGUAAAUGUAGGCAAGGGUGUCCAGGGUUUGGGACAAGUUGGAUGAUGUAUUUGGGUGUAGUGCGCAAGGCAAUCGAGCACAGGACGUAAGGGGCAGAUGGCAAAUAGAUGUCAUCGCCCCAGGAUGGAUACCUGUGUAAUGUACUAAGAGGAGGUCGAUGAAUUCGGGGCUCUCAGGGACCAAGCUGCAAGCAAAUGUUAUGGAAAUCGCGAAUCAAAUCCGCGAAAAGGAGUGUACGGUACCGGACGAUACCAAAUUGGCAAUCAAAAGUUUUAAGCACCAAGCGUCAC